GCAAAAGAAACUACAGCUGGGAGAGGAACAAGGAAAGGUGCUGCUUUUAGUGCCUCAUCGAUACAGCUUAAUCCUUAAUAGAACCAGACAUAUCAAGGUGUGAACUCAUGCUGAAGAGAAUUUUCUGGCACCUCUGAGGUGAACUGAUGUAAACUUACCUUAUACUCCUGGGCCAGUGAGUGAUCUUUGGCAACUGAGACACCAACAAGGAGGAGAAGAAAUGGCUGAAGCACCAAAGAUUGAACUUUUUGUCAAGGCAAGUGAUGAUGGUGAGAGUGUUGGUAACUGCCCAUUUUGUCAGCGGCUCUUCAUGAUUCUCUGGCUGAAAGGGGCAAACUUCACCCUUACCACAGUAGACAUGAAGAGAGCUCCUGAGGUACUUAAGGACCUGGCUCCAGGCUCUCAGCCCCCUUUCCUCAUUUAUAACGGAGAGGUCCACACUGACACCAACAAGAUUGAAGAGUUUCUGGAAGAGACCCUUGCUCCCCCACAGUUUCCCAAGUUAUGUUGCCGCUCUAAGGAUUCUAACACAGCUGGAGAUGACAUCUUUCACAAAUUCUCAGCAUACAUCAAAAAUCCCAAUCCUGGCCUCAAUGACAUGUUGGAGAAGAAAUUUCUAAAGAGCUUGAUGAUGCUGGAUCAAUACCUGUUGACUCCUCUUCCUAAUGAACUGGACCAAAAUCCAGAUGUAGCCCAAUCCAAAAGACUCUACCUGGAUGGAAACUCAUUAACUCUUGCAGACUGCAACUUGCUACCAAAACUGCACAUUGUCAAGGUGGUGUGUAAGAAGUAUCGUGGUUUUGAGAUCCCCGCAGAGCUAAAAGGCCUGACGAAAUACUUGGAAAAAGCAUACAAGGAGGAUGUGUUCAACUUGACCUGUCCAAAAGACAAGGAGAUCCUGCUUGCCUACCAUUCAGUGGCCAAAUAUCUCAACAAGUAGAACUGGACUUCAAAAGGGAGGAGGGAAUUGGGCAAAGAUUGCUUAGAAUUUAUUGUAAAAAAAAGAUGACUGAUGUAUACAUAUAACAUAAAACUGCUUUUAUUAAAAAUGUAUUCACAAUGAGACUUUUAAUAAUCUGGAAUAUUGGUGAAGGUUAGUUUUCGUUUAAAUUUAGGAAGCACAAUUGUGAAUAUAAGAUGCCUGUCUUGCUGCCAUUUGCAGUAUUUAAAUGUGCCACAUUUGUCACAGUUUUUUGAUGUAAAGGUCUUUUAGUCUGUGAAUAUUGUUCUUGUAAACCGUGUGAAACAAGACAUAAUUGGUCUUUAAAUCUACCCCACGAGAAAAAAGAAAACAAAGCACUAGAGAAUUCCUACAAGUGAUAAUGUAUGUUACUGAUGUCAAAAGACAUUAAUAUAUGUAUAUAUAUUUUUAAGAAUUACUUUUGAAACUUUCAGCAUGUACAAAACAUCCUGCGAACAAAUAAAAUUCAAAUAAACAUCACAA